AUGGCGACCGUGUCGGGCCUCUCUGCGCAUAGUUUGGCGGGCGCAAAGACCGCUGUAUGUGCUGCGAUGGAAGACGAGCCGCCAUCGCCAUCGCUCGGCUCGCUGGAGACUCGUCGCGAUGAAAACAAGGAGAACAUUGCACCGAUCCGGCAGGUACCUGCCGCCAUACUGGCAGAGGAGCAUGCGGUGCAAACACAUGAUGCCAUUGCCAUGCGCACACGCAGGCGCAUGGCAGCUAGGCCUGUCACACCUCCCUCGACGCCAAAAAAGCGGCGCGAUGCGUCUGCGCAGUAUACCACACCGACCAAGCGCAGCAAGACUCUUGACACGCCACCACCGACUCCGACUCCCUCUGUGUACGCGCAGGCACGCGCACUCUUGCGCAAGGAAGUGCUUGUAGGCCGCUGUGCUGAGCGCUCCAAGCUGCACGAGUUUCUUGACACGAGCUUGCAGGGCAACUCGUCGGGAUGUCUACACAUUUCUGGUAUGCCUGGCACAGGCAAAACGGCACUUGUGCGUGACGUGAUGCGUGAACGGGCGGAUGAGCAUAUGUACAUGAACUGCGUCGGUCUCUCGCACCCGCAAGAGGCCGCGCACCGCGUCGCAGCAGCUCUCAACGUGCCGGACGUAUCGGCCCUGGAGUGCCUCAGUACAUCGCGUCGCCACUCGCUCGUUGUGGUCCUAGAUGAAAUGGACUUGUGGCUACACACACACCGCGACAUGCUGUACCGCAUGUUCUGUCUCCCCAAGCUGCUGUAUGCUCGCACCCAAGGCGCUGUGCGCCUCGCUUUGAUCGGUAUCGCCAACUCGCUCGAUCUCACUGAGCAGUUUUUACCCGUACUCCGAAGUCAAGGCGUUUCGCCAAGUGUCUUGCACUUUUCCCCUAUGCCAGCUGACGAAGUCCAGGCGCUACUCGCUGCACGCCUGCACGAUGUCCCGAGUGCCUUUACACACGCGGCGCUCCAGCUCCUCGCCCGCAAACUCACCGCGUCUACCGGUGACAUUCGCCGUGCGCUGGACACAUGUAGACAGGCACUCGACCUGGCCGAGGCGGACCAACGUGGAAGCGUGACGCCUACGCACAUCUUGCGUGUAUUUUCUCAGAUGGCGGGUCAUGCUCAGGUCUCACGCGUUCGUGCGCUCGGCGUGCACGCCAAGCUUUUGCUGCUUGCCUGGAUCAUUUUGCAGCAGCAUGCCGAGGCAGGUCUCGUUCGAAGGAGUGGCACGACUCGUGGCGAUGGAGGCGUGAGUCUUUCGGACUUGGAGGCAGAAUAUACCCGCAUGCUCGAGUACGACGCGGCAUUUGUUACACCGCUCGGUGGCUCUGAGCUGCUAGAUGUGCUUGAGCGUCUUGAAGUGCAAGGUCUCGUGCGUAUUUGGUCGGAAGCCGGCAGCAGUCAAGCCUCUUCUUCCUCUGUGCGCGUAUCUCCCAGUGCGAAGCGAGCUGCGGCCCGACAGAUGCUCGCGACGAACCGGCGCAUGGCUCCGACACUCGAGCGUGAGUGUUUGGUGCGUGCGCUCACCACAGGCGCCACGUCACCUGCCGAGGCAGCUGACACUACCCACACACCCACCGUCGUGGAUGCCAUGACUCGGCUUCUCGAACGCGCGGACCUGGAUAUUGCGCGCCAGACCAAGUGGCGUGUGGAUGAACAGGCGCGUGUACGCAAAGAAGAGUUGGGUGGUGGUCGUGGUGCGAUAGCGGAUAUGUAG